GCAUGCGUUAAACUUUCACAAUCAAAACAAAGAUGUCGGCAUGAAUCGCCACAUUGACAGUCUUGGAAGUUGGGAAAUCAAAUUGUUUGUUGGUACUAGUUGCAAAUUAUGAAAUAAUAACAACCAAAGAGUUACAAAAAUGUUUUGUGUUAAACCCAAAGUAAACACUGGUUCCUUAUUUCUAUGGCUGGUUAUUAUUUUUUCACAAGCGGGUUUUUUAUUCGGAACCGAGGUAUCGGCAGCAAAUACAUCUUUUCUAACAGUAAAUUUAGAUAAAAAGCACUAUCCGAAAUACGAUGAGCUUACAAGAAUCUUAAAGUAUUAUCAUAAUAAAUAUCCUGCAAUAGCUAGAUUAAGUUCAAUAGGGAAGUCUGUGCAAGGCCGAGAAUUAUGGUAUAUGCAGAUCACUGAUAAACCCGAUGUUAUAGAAGAUGGGGAACCCAUGUUUAAAUAUGUCGGAAAUAUGCAUGGCAACGAAGUUAUCAGUAGACAAGUUUUGAUAUAUCUUAUACAAUAUUUAUGUGAUAAUUACAAUACCAAUCCAAGAGUUAAGAAGUUAGUUGACACAACAAACAUUUUUAUUCUGCCGUCAUUGAAUCCAGACGGCUUUGAAGCUGCUGAGGAAGGGGAAUGUGAUGGAUACAGCAAAAACAAGUAUUCAGGUCGAAAUAAUGCAAAUAACAAAGAUCUAAACAGAAACUUUCCUGAUCAGUUUAAGAAUUGGAAUACGUUUAAAUUAAAGGAUGCAGAACCAGAAACACGAGCAAUGAUGAGAUGGAUAUAUAGGAAUCCUUUUGUUCUUUCUGCAAAUUUGCACGGUGGUUCAGUUGUAGCAAGCUAUCCAUAUGAUAGCAAUGCAAAAAUGGUUGAUAGGAUAUAUAGUAAGGCACCAGAUGAUAAUUUCUUUCAACAUUUAGCUCGAACUUAUGCACAAAAUCACCCUAUUAUGAAAACAGGGGAACCAAAAUGUCCAUCUGAGCCAGACGAAAAGUUUAAAGAUGGAAUUACCAAUGGGGCAGAAUGGUACAAUGUGCCAGGAGGAAUGCAAGAUUUCAAUUAUUUAAUAAGUAAUUGUUUUGAAAUAACGCUUGAGUUGUCCUGCUGUAAAUACCCAUAUGCUUCUGAAUUGCAAAAGGAAUGGGAUAACAAUAGGGAGUCUUUGCUGAAAUAUAUUGAACAGGUUCACCGAGGUAUAAAAGGAAGGAUAAGUGAUCAAGAUGGUGCAGCAGUUAGUAAAGCUGUCAUAUCUGUAAGUAAUGUAAAUCAUGCUGUGAAAUCUACUAAGACUGGUGACUAUUGGAGGCUUCUUCUUCCUGGUGUGUACAAUAUAACAGUUUCUGCACCCAACCAUGACCCUAUCAAAAAGACAGGUGUGGUUGUUCACAACUUACUACCUACUGAGAUAAACUUUGUACUAAAAAGAUCAAUUCGAGCAACAACAUUGCGUCCUAUUAGAGAUACCACACCACACAUUUCUUCAGAGCUUGUUGCUGAAACAUCCACUCAGGAACAUUUCUCAGGAAGUGUGCCUACAACUGUUGCUGACAAAUCUACAGGGGUUUGGAGUCCUUCCGAACCUAAUCAAAUUAAACACCAUAAUUAUGAAGCUUUAACAACAUUUCUUGUAAACCUUAAAAAACAAUAUCAUAACAUAUUAAACUUGUAUAGUAUUGGGAAGAGUGUAGAAAGGCGAGAACUGUGGGUAGCUGAGCUUUCUAAUAGCCCUGGAGUACACCAACCUGGAAAACCAGAAUUUAAGUAUGUUGGAAAUAUUCAUGGUAAUGAGGUUGUAGGAAGAGAAUGCUUACUGCUGCUUCUACAGUUUUUGUGUGAGAACUACAAGAGUUCACUGGAAAUACAAAGCAUUGUGAACAAUUCCCGUAUUCAUAUUAUGCCUUCUUUAAAUCCAGAUGGUUAUGAAAGGGCACAUGAAGGGGACAGACAGGAACUUACUGGUAGGAAUAAUGUAAAUAAUGUUGACUUAAAUCGAAACUACCCUGACCAGUUUGACAAACCUGGAACCUCAUAUAAUUUUCAACCAGAAACCAAAUCAAUGAUGGCUUGGAUAAAACAUAGCUCAUUUGUUUUGUCAGUUAAUCUACAUGGUGGUGCACUGGUAGCAAACUAUCCUUACGAUGACUCACCAACAGGAGAGGAUAAAUAUUCAAAAUCACCAGAUGAUGCAUUGUUUCGUCAUCUGUCAUCCAUUUAUGCUGAUGCCCAUCCCAUGAUGCAUUAUGGAAAUGGUUGUCCAGAAUAUCCUGAUGAAACCUUUCAACGUGGAAUAACAAAUGGGGCUCAGUGGUAUAGUGUCAAGGGUGGCAUGCAAGAUUACAAUUAUUUACAUUCAAAUGAUUAUGAAAUAACAGUUGAAAUGGGAUGUUUUAAAUUUCCACCUGAAAACCGAAUGCAAAGCUAUUGGGAUGGCCACAAAGUUCCCUUGUUACGUUUAGCCAUUGAGAUAUUUAAAGGUUUAAAGGGCUUUGUAAAAACUACGUCAAACAUCCCAAUAUCCAAUGCAAGUGUAAUUGUUCAUGGAAUAAAUCAUAAUGUUUACUCUUUAAAGGAUGGUGAUUAUUUCAGGUUAUUGCUGCCUGGAUCAUAUGAUAUAACUGUAUCUGCCCAUGGUUUUAAAGAUGAAAGCAAGCAUGUUGUAGUUGAUAAUGGCUUGGCUAAAAAAAUAAAUUUUACUUUAAAAGGAAUAAAGGAAGUUAUUUACACUAAUGUUCAAAAUACUGUUAAACCAGCUGUAAUAGAAAGCAUAAGUCCACUGGUGGCACUUAAAGGAAAAAUUUUAAGUUAUAACAAUAAUUUAAACAACGAUAAUCUUCACCUAAAUUUAUCAUCAUCAACAAUAAAAGCAUCUAGUGCAGUACCACCCAAGACAACUUUACCACCCGGUAAAACCGCAUUUCAAUAUCACACAUAUCAAAGUAUGUUCAAAUACUUGCGAGAUCACGAAGAUAAGUUUAAAGAUUUGGUUAAACUACAUGGUAUCAGUGAAACAGGUAUUCACCGACAUGUUUGGUCAGUCGAGAUAUCAACAAACAUUGGUGAAGAAAAUGUAGAUAAAGCUAAUAUUGGACUAAUAGCAGGCUUACAUGGAUACGAUUCAAUUGGAAGAGAAGUGUUGUUAAUGUUUCUGCACUCUCUUGUGAAGGGAUAUAACGAAAACAAUAAGAGAAUUCGGAAUUUGCUAUCAUCAAUUCGUUUACAUAUUAUCCCUAUGGUGAUGGUUGAUGGGAUGGAUAAUGCUGUGGCAGGAGAUUGUAAUGGCGAAAAGUUUUCUUCUCUAGAACCAAACAUUUAUAAUCAGUUUAAAUUGAACAAACAGGCUUCCGAUGAACCUAAGUUAGUAACUGACUUGAAAAAAUGGAUGAAAAAUCAAAAUUUUCUUUUCACUGCUUUAGUUGAGGGAGGUGAUUUACUUGUCAGUUAUCCACCUGAUUCAAUUGUCAACGGUGAUCCUAGAUUGAAUGGCAAAAAUAGUAUCGAUGACGACUUUUUUAAGAGUCUAGCACUCCGAUACUCGGUGAAAAAUAAGAAGUUGUAUCAUGGGAAUGGUUGUGAUGGAAUUCAAACCCACCGCGGUGUUAGUAUUGGAGCUGAAUGGAAGACACGCGAGAAUACCAUGGGCAUGUAUUCGUACCUUGCGUUAAACAAUUUACAGAUUAAUGUCCACCUUGCUUGUUGUCGAACUCCCCCCGCUGAUGAUGUCGCCUCGAUUUGGAGUGAGAAUAAAGAGUCAUUGUUGGAAUUCUCUGAACUUGCGUACGCACGUGUGUAUGGGUUUGUAAAAGAUAUGAACAAUAGCGUAGCUAGCGACGCCUGGGUUACUUUCUCGAACACAAAAGCUUAUGCUAACGUCAGCAAAUCUGGAUUCUAUCAGAAAUAUUUACUCCCUGAGAAGUACACCCUUACGGCCAAUCACGGUGAUUUAGAAGCGAUCAAAAAGGAUGUCCAGAUCUCGAAAACCACUCCCGUGCGAGAAGAUUUUGUUCUUCAUCAACAAGCCAAAUACGAGCACCAUAACUAUAAAGAUUUGACAAGACAUCUCAGUGAACUUGCGAGAAACUUUUCUUCAAUCACAAAACUAUACAGUAUUGGUUCGUCUGUGCAAGGAAGAAAGAUUUGGGUACUAGAAAUUAGUGAUAACCCGGGAAGUCAUGAAUCUGGAGAGCCUGAAUUCAAAUACGUGGCAGGUAUCCAUGGCAACGAAGUCGCUGGCCGAGAAUUACUGCUUCUUUUGGCGCGGCACUUAUGUUUGGGGUAUGGUAACGACCAUUCAUUGACAUCACUUAUCAACCGAACGCGUAUUCAUAUUUUACCGGUCGCUAAUCCGGACGGUGCAGAAGAGGCUGUAUAUGGAGACUGCAGUUCUGAAAAGGGAAAGUUGAAUGCGAAUGGGAAAGACCUUGCUCAAGAUUUUCCUGUUGAAGAUGACGACGAUGAUAGGCCGACACAACCUGAAAGCAAAGCUAUUAUGCGUUGGAUCAAGAAAACACCAUUCGUUCUUUCUGCUACACUACACAGUGGAUCUCUAGUUGUUAGCUACCCGUUCUCUCGAAGUAUGACUAAUUUACCUGAAGGAAAUCCAACUCAAGAUGAUGAUGUGUUUAGAAGUAUAGCUAAAAGUUACUCAGCCGAUCACCCGACUAUGUCCAAAGGAAAGCCAUAUUGUCCUGGCCCCAACGUUCAGAAACAGUUUCCGGAUGGAAUUGUCAACAUGGCGGAAUGGGAAAACCACGCGAUGAGUAUGGUCGAUUAUAACUACGUGCAGGGUCAAUCGUUUGAAGUUGCGAUAUUUACAGGAUGCUGUAAAGCUCCUACAGCGAAAGAUUUGAACGUGCUGUGGCAGGAGCACAAGAAAGCAAUGAUUAAAUUCAUCACGUUGGUGCAUACUGGUAUUCGAGGUUAUGUAACGGACAGUGCAACGAAGCAGGGUAUUCCACAAGUUAAGGUGCAAGUAGCUGGGAGAGAUUACGAAACUUUAACUGCAAAUUUUGGUGAUUAUUGGAGAGUAUUAUUACCUGGGUCGUACCGUGUCGCGGUUUCUGCUCCUGGAUACGAAAGUAAAAACACUAUAGUUCAUGUCAACAAUAAUAAGAAAGCCACCACGGUUAACUUUGAACUAGAAAAAGCUAGUCAGCGCAUGCGUGUAACGUCGGUUAUUUUCGUUGCGCUUGCGUGUUCGUGCGUUCUCGUGUUCGUGUUGUUGAUGUUCAUCGUCGUGCGGAUAUGUCGUCACAAGAGGAGAUAUGGAAGGAGAGGUUUCAAACCAUUGCAGAAUGUGGAAGAUGAAUACAUAAAAGAUACGAGACCUAAAAACGGUGUGAUUUUAGAAGAAUCGGAACUUUCGGAUUCUGACGAAGACGAAGAAGUGAUAUUUAGCGACGAUAAUGAUUUAGUUAGAAAAUCGUAAGAUUUAUGUACACGCUUUUUAUAUAAGUAACCAAACAUCAUGAGGCUUUCAAACCCUUAAAAUAAUAAUCAAUUCCUAAGCAAAACUCAAACCUGAGAAUAAAAAAGAAGUAAUUAUAACAUUUUUUAUAGUCAUACGAAAAAGGUUAUAAAACCUAAACUUCACUUCGAUUAGCGCACUACCUUAACCGAGAUCAAACGCAUAAGGUUGCUAUAUGCUAAAAUAAAAAGCCAACAAGCAGUAAGUUAGAAAUAGUUAAGUCAGUAAAAUACUCGAAAGCAUGGAGCCUCAACCAAAUGUUGCGUUGCUUUUAUAAAAAGGCACGUAUGUUCUUAUUUUCUCUUUUUGUGUAUUGCACUGUUUAUAUUUCGUGUGUUUGUAAAUACGUCGGUUUUGUGGAGGUUUUCAUAAGAUUAGUUUGUUUUUCAAUAGUCGAAGGUACUUGACAGAUACGAAUAAAAAAUGACCAAAUACUUGGCUAACUCACUAAAUUAGCGGCUUAUUUUGCCUCUCUCCAUUUCCGAUAAGUGAUCUAGCAAUAAUAGAAACUCCAGAUUGUUUUGGGGCCAGGGUGAGGGCGUGUCAAAAGUACAUUAUUAAUCUUGCAGGGGGAGUACUGUCAAAUUUUCUUGUAUUACCCAAUUUUAUUUUAUGUGGACAAUAAUUGUGAACUUACAAUCAACUGCAUGAGAAUUAUUUUCAUGUGCUUUUUGGAUAUAAAUAUAUAUAUUUUUAAAUGAUAGAGAAUCACUAAUUUAUAAAGUAUUUUAGAAUUAAGUAAUUUUAUUUAAAUAUGUUUGUAAAGCAUAGAGAGACAACAACCUGCGCAGACUAAUUUUGUUUUCUUUCUUAACCACAAUGUGCGCAUAUUUCAAGAAUAAUGUUUCGUUGCCAUGGAAAUCACGACUCUGCAUUAAUUAGGAUAUAUUUUAUUUAUUAAUUUGUAAAUGACCAUAUAUGGUAAUAAUUUGGAGUUUGAAUUACACAUAACAUAAGAAAUUAAUUUA